CUUGAGCUUGAUCUUUGAUACCAAGCCUUCUAAACAAUUCCUAUCACACACCCACAGUCCCACACACACACACACUCAGAGAGAGAGAGACAGAGAGAGAGAGAGAGAGAGAGAGAGCGAGAGAGAGAGAGAGAGAGAGAGAGCGAGAGAGAGAGAGAGAGAGAGAGAGAGAGAGAGAGAGUAAACUUUUUCAGCCUCUGCUCUCUAAUUUAUAAAAUGUCAUGCCAUGAAAGAGAGAUCUUCCAUUUCCUUUUUCUUUUCUUUUUCUUCUUCUCGUAGCAAACUGCAAAAGACCAUCUGGGCAGUACAGUGGACAGAAGGAAGAAAUAGAAAGAGUAGCCUUACCUUAUCUACUCACACCGCGACUAUACAUAUAUUGAUGAGAUAGCAGAUGGGGAGGGAGAUCAGCGAGAGGAAGAAGAGUAUCUGAUGAUAAUCUUGGUCAAGACAGCAAAAAACUUUUGUUGGUAGUUACAUGCCGAAGGUUUUCUGCGAAGAUCUUCAAGAACGCGGGUUAGCACAAGGAUCAUGAUUGGGCAAUAGGAUGAUUAAGAACUUAGCAGAUCGGAACGAUGCACCGCUGAAGCAGGAAGGCUUUGUUGAAGACCGAAAGAACGGUAGAGGACCCUACAGUUUGAGAUCAUGGUCGGGGCUAAAAGACCCAAGAAUCGUACGUGUUUCACGCUCCUUUGGGGGAAAGGAUAGGCACAGCAAAGUGAAAACGAUAAAGGGGCUGAGAGACAGGCGCGUUAGGCUUUCUGUCUCGACUGCCAUCCAAUUAUAUGAUCUUCAAGACAGACUUGGCCUGAACCAGCCCAGCAAAGUUGUUGAUUGGUUGAUUCAGAAUGCUCAGCAUGAAAUCGAUGAGCUUCCUCCACUGCCGAUCCCUCAAGAAGAUGAAGCUUAUAACUUCUCUCAGCCACUGACGGUUUCCAGAUCAAACACUUUGUUGCCUUUAGUGCCCACAAACACAACUGCAGAUCUGAAUGCUUCCAAGUAUGCCGCUGUUCAAUCUCUGAGUUUGCUACCAGACAAGAAUGAAACCGACCUAGAUGCAGUGGAAUUUGGCAGUGACCAUGUAGCUGAGCGGCCCAAUCAUCAGUCUGGUAUUAUAGGUGGAAUGAUCAGUGAGAAAACCAACUUGGGCAAAAGGUAUGAACACAGCAACCAAAGCCCUUUCUUUCUUUCCCAUCAGUCUUCCUACCCUGCCUUACUCAUCAAUGCACUCUCAGGUAAUUCCCACUCCCAGAGGUAUUCAAGUCCCUUUUUGUCACAAUUAGGUGCCCAAAUCCAUUCAGUUCAGCCUGAAGAACCUAGUAACUGCAAUAGUAACUCUAUAUCUUCCACAUUGUCAUUAUCAUCUGGUUCACAUCUCUAUCUUUACCAACCUACAGAAGGUCCAUCAACCAUUCCCUCAUAUGCAACCACUCCAUUAGAGUUUGAUCUCCGACAAUGCAGUCAUCCUCAGAUGCUGAACAUGAAUUCUCAAUCCUUCAAACCUUCUCUCUCGCCUUCGCUUGGAACACUUGAUCAAUCUUUAAGACCUUUUCAAGGAAGCAUGAAUGCUCACUUUCUCCAGUACCAGCAUGGUAGUUCUCAUUCCCCAAAUGCUUCAGCGAAAGGGAAGAAUGUCCCCACAUGAGCUCUAUAGGCUUGCUUUCAAAUUAAUGACUUGCAGAGGGGCUCAACACCAUUCUCCUCAACUAUGGCGGGAAACAUGGCUGGAACAAAAGCCAGAGGUUUCCACGUUCUCUAUAGAGUAUAGAAGACCUUACCUUUCAGUACUUAACUAAAGUACAAAGAUUAUGACCAUAUUUGGUAAAUAGUAUACUUGUCUAUGGAGUUGUUGCAUUAAUAUUGAGUCCACAUUUCUCUCUUGCCUUAUGAAGGCUUUCUUAUAUCAAUCGACUUGCUUUCAUGUUGUAUUAUUUAAGAAUGCUGCAAAAGGGUUGCUUAUAUCCAUCGACUUGCUUUCAUGUUGUAUUAUUUAAGAAUGCUGCAAUGAAAAUAUACAAUAUAAGACCAA